GAAAACCUAUGCUACAAACUCCACCGUAUACUCGUGAAAGUCGGACGUAUUUUGUUGCUUGUUUGAUUCCUAUGAAGUUAGUUGAAAGUUUUUAUUUUGUUGGCUAACCAGGCGCAGCUGUGUGCGUGUGCGUUCGCGUGCUAGUGGUGGCGAAGAAUAAAUAAAGCAACGAGGUAAAAGAAGUAAGAGAAUUUUAUUCAAGCAGUUUCACAACUAGGCGUGGGUUUGUUCAGAUCUGUUCGGUUUCGCGGCGCUCGUGCUGUGUUUAAAAAUUGCGGCCCAUUUUCAGUGCAAAUCCUGUGGAAUCUGUUGCUGUACGAUUGUUUUCGUUGUAAUCUAUCUGUUGGUGAUAUUUCAAGUGCAGCUCGACUCGUAUUAUCGACGAUAACAUCGAUUUUCGUACCGCUAUCAAGAAGCGCAGUGGCAGCCGUAGUGACACCAUCGUCGGCAAGAAAAAUAAGAAAAAGUAUAUUUUGUGAUCCCCUCUGGUGUGUAAUUUGAGGGUGUUUGUGAACGGUGCGGUACGUGAAGUACGUAAAUCAUGUCUCAAAAGGCGAAAAGGUCUGGCGUUUCGACACCGGUUCCGGUGUCGGCCAGCACUCCCGUCCAGCAGAGUGGGGCUCAUGCCGGUCGGCCGGCCAGCCCACUAAGUCCAACCCGGUUCAGUCGGCUACAGGAAAAGGCCGAUCUGCAGAAUCUGAAUGACCGUCUGGCCUGCUAUAUCGACCGGGUGCGCUUCCUGGAAACGGAAAACUCGCGCCUCACGAUGGAGGUUCGCACCUCGCAGGAAACCGUCACCCGGGAAGUUUCCAACAUCAAGCAGAUGUACGAGCACGAACUUACGGACGCCCGUAAGCUGCUGGACGAAACGGCCCGCGAGAAGGCCAAACUCGAGAUCGACGCCAAGAGGAUAUGGGAAGAAAAUGAAGAUCUCAAAAAGAGACUUGAUCGCAAAACAAAGGAAGCCGCCGACUACGAACGCACCGCUCGUACCCAGGAGGCCCGCGCGAAUGAAGUAAGCGGCAAAUAUAACACCGUCCUAUCAGAGCGCAAGAAGGCUCAAGAUGAGCUGAAGGAGCUCGAGAAAGAGGUAGGCCGCCUGAAGAAGCAGCUGGACACACUGCGUAAGAAUCUUGAGGAAGAAACUUUGGCACGGGUUGAUCUGGAAAACACCGUACAAAGUCUGCGCGAGGAGUUGACCUUCAAGGACCAGGUGCACCAGCAGGAACUCACCGAAACCAAGUCCCGCCGCCAGGUGGAUAUCAGCGAAAUCGAUGGAAUCCUCUCGGAGCAGUACGAAGCCAAGCUGCAGCAAACCCUUCAGGAGCUUCGCGAUCAAUAUGACUCGCAGUUGCGCGGUAAUCGCGAAGAGAUCUCGGAUUUGUACGAGUCUCGCCUGCGUGAUUUGGAGAUACAGUUGAACAUCGAACGACAACGUCACGCCGAAGAGAAGAGUAAACUGAUGGAUGAAAUUGAACGCUUGCGCAAGGAAAUCUCGCUGCAGCUGCAGGAAUACCAAGAUCUGAUGGAUAUCAAGAUUUCUCUGGACAUGGAAAUCGCUGCAUACGACAAGUUGCUGUCCUCGGAAGAGGUUCGCCUCAACAUCACACCUGGCAGCCAGAGUGCCGUCUUCCAGACUUCGUCCAGCUCCGGACGUUCUGCAGCGCUACGUCGUACUCCACAGCGUGCUGGUGCUAAGCGCAAGCGUACUGUGCUGGACGAAUCAGACGAACGCAGCGUUUCGGACUAUUCGGUCACUUCCUCGUCCAAAGGAGACAUCGAGAUCUCCGAAGUUGACCCCGAAGGAAAGUUCGUGAAGCUUCACAACAAAUCUGCAAAGGAAGUACAAAUCGGAGGCUGGACGUUAGUGCGCAAAGUGGGCACAAAUGAAACUGUUUUCAAAUUCCACCGAACAGUGAAGGCUGAUGGUGGGGCAUUUGUAACCGUGUGGUCUUCCGAUCUGGGCCACACGCACGAUCCACCGAGCACAAUUGUCAUGAAAGGUCAGAAGUGGUUCUGCGGAGAUAACAUGACCACCCAGCUACUGAACGCCGAUGGCGAGGAAGUGGCAGCCUCAGAACGCGUCAAGCGCAUCGUAUCCACCGCCGCCUCACGUCACCGUGAAUACCUCGGUUCUUACAGCGGAGAAGAGCUGUACCACCAACAGGGGGAACCUAAGGGCGAAGAAAAAUGUCGCAUCAUGUGAGAGUAAGGAGCACCACAAGCAAAGCGCCGGAUUCGGCAAAUUCUGCCUGUUACAAUUUGAAAUUGUAUCUUCGACAUACAACCCAUUACAGAAAUAUUUACGGACAAAAUGGCGUUUUGCGAGGCGAGUACCUCCCCCGCUCACACACACGCACUGCAGGAUAAGUAUAGAAAGCUGCUUACUACUAUUUACUAACACCAAUUACCAUACAACUACUACGAACGCUAUAAUCAGAAAGAGACAGCUAGAGUGUACGAUAAGUUUCGUUUCCAUCACGAUGUAUUUUAGGAGCCUAUCGGUAAGCUUGUUCCAACAAAGAACAGUCAGAAGUUGAACUUGAACUAUAUGCGCCCAACAGUGUUAUAAUGUAACAACUAAAAACCCAUUUAGAAUAUUAUCCCUGCCACGUCAGAGAGAUCACUUACCCCAAAAAAGCGUAGAAAACUUUGUGUUUAGUGUUAGAUUAUCGAAUAAAUUUUGAUUGCUUUGAGAUGAAGGAUAAAACAAUAAUGCCAUACUAUGCAGCAAACGAAAACAGUCAGUUUCCUGAGCACUCAAAUGUUAUUGUUCGAUUCCUCUACCAUUUUAUGGAAUGUGACUACCUACCACACACACAGGGUACGAAAUACAUUUUAUUUUCAAACAAUAAAGCAACUACCUAGCGUGUAUUACACUUAUCGGAUAAGCUCACUGUUGAGAUCAAUCAGUCUGUAAAGUAUUUGCCUUUGUUAAAAUAACUUGGUGUGCUUUGCACCGCAAACAACCAUAUAAAUAAGGAAACAGCUUCCUGAUGAUGUGUCUUCUGUUCCCAGCUUUCGGGAUGUGCUGGUUAUCAGUUCUGUUUUGUUUAUGAGAGAAAAGAGACAAAUCAAUUACAUGCAUUUUCAACUUGUGUUUACCUGUGUGAAAGAUGUAACCCCGAGAGGAUAUAUUUUUAAGAUAAGAAAAAAAAACGAAUCGAUUUAUACUGAAACAAGUUACUGAAUGAUCAAACGCCGCAGUCGGCAGCAGCUUUCCCGGAGUAGAAGUUUUAUUCGCUAACACCAUACGUUCAUACUAAACAAUCAGAGAGGAAAUUCGUCACCAAAUCGUUGAAGGUUGCAUCAUUUAUUUUGAGUAGAUUUUCGUUUAUUUAAUUAUCGUUUGAACCGACGUACACAUAAAAGAAGAAAAUACUGCAGUGCCCAAUUUCCUUUAUCAUACCGUUUUUUAAUCGUAAAGAGAAUUUUAAAAUAAACAAACAACAAAAAACGAA